AUGGGUUUUGCUGAAGGUAACGACGCUAAGGGUGCGAACUUGUUCAAGACCCGCUGUGCCCAGUGCCACACCCUCGAGGAGGGCGGUGCCAACAAGGUCGGACCUAACCUUCACGGUCUCUUCGGACGCAAGUCUGGAACCGUUGAGGGCUUCGCCUACACCGAUGCCAACAAGCAGAAGGGUGUCGUCUGGGAUGAGAAAACUUUGUUCGAGUACCUCGAGAACCCCAAGAAGUACAUUCCCGGAACCAAGAUGGCUUUCGGUGGUUUGAAGAAGGACAAGGACAGGAACGACUUGAUCACCCACUUGCGCAACGCUACCAAAUAA